CCAAACGAGAAACGAGAUUUGAGGGGAAGAAAGUAAUUUCUUCUCAAACCUCGUUUCUCAUUGGCUCAUAAUUUGAACCUAACCCGACUCCAACCCUUCGAUGGAAACAUGACCAAACAGUAAUAGCCAGUUGUAUUAAAAAUGGAGACCCAAACAGUAAACACGAGAAGAAAAGUGUUAAAUCAUGUAGUUUGCAGUAUUUUGGUCGAAAAUGGUUUUGAAACGUGUGAAAGACAGGCGCUGGAAACCCUCACCGAAAUGUUGCAGGCUUUUAUCGUCGAGGUCGGAGAUUCGGCGAAAAAUUACUGCGAGCUGUCUGGACGGACCGAGCCUCUGAUAGCCGAUGUUAUUCUGGCCCUAAUUAACAUGGGAAUCAAAUUAGAAGGGAUGGAGACGUAUGGUAAACGUCUAAACAGGACUGUUCUGCCCCAACUUCAACAACAGAUACAGGCCAAACAGCUCAAUAUUUUACAAGCUGGAGUAAAGCAAAAUCAUCCGUCGCACAUACCUAAUCAUCUGCCACCAUUUCCUGAUCCUCACGCCUACAUCAGGACGCCGACACAUAAACAACCUGUGACGGAAUAUGAAGCUAUCAGGGAAAAGGCUGCAUCGCAAAAACGGGACAUUGAACGAGCCUUGACAAGAUUUAUUGCCAAAACAGGGGACACGCAUAGUCUGUUCUUGACCGAUGACAACACCAUGUUUCCCUUGAUAGCAUGCAAGCCACAAUUUCCCAGCUAUUUGUCAGCACUUCUACCACAGGAUCAAGUUUUUGAGCCUGAUCAAGAGUUCCAGUUUGAACCGAGUCCGGUUCAAAAAAAGAAGAAGGCACCGCCUGUAGAAGACAAAGAAGAAGCCCAGGCACAAGCAGAUGGGACAGAGCAAAGUGGAGAGGCAUUAGCCCAACAAGAUGUGAUAGACAAUCCUUAUUUGAGGCCAGGCAAACUGCCAAAGAAUAAAAUAACUGGUACGAAUCCGACUGGUCCUGGAAAAAGAGAAGCGACAGACGUAUGACUAAAGAUUUAGGUAUUAUUUUGAUAUUCGGUUUUUAAGCACGGAACUUACUAACUGACAAUUACUUUAUUAUAACUGAUGCACAGAGGAAGAUAUUGUAUAUUUAUAUAUAGUAAAUUAAGUUAUCAUAAAAUUAAUAAAUAUAUUUAAAAAAAAAUAACAAUCCGACUUUAGUUACUCAAGUUGUUAUUAUUGUUAUCAUAAAUUGUGUAAAUUUGCUGUGAGUCAUUUUUUAAUAUAAAGGUCUACUGAUUUAUGUUGAGUACAAUCUUAAUAUAUCUGUAGAUAUCCAUAAAAUUGCACAGCUCACUAGCACCAAUAUACAUACAAUAAGAAGGCAGCGUUUAAGGAUUGAUAAACAUCACAACUAUUUAAAGGGACCCUAGGUAUUGCACGAGACAUUAUAAAAAUAGAUUAUACAAUAUCGCAUAGACGUACAUAUAACGAUUACCGAUUACAUAUGCACCCUACAUUGCGAAGCUAUUCAUAGCUUAAUUGGAAGCCUAACUAAUUGCUUUUAUUAUAGAUAAUAAUGACAUGAGACCUUCAUU